ACGUUACGAAUAAUGGAGACGCUAUUGCCAGGCAAUACAAACAGUCAAUCGUACAGUCCACAGCUCAAGACCGUUCUAAAGACAUAUCAGCUAUCCGCUGUGAAAAGCUUACAGGGACCGAGUUCGGCCCUGCUUGGUAUGGACUGUAAGAGCCUACUACAAGAACAGGCACCUUGUUACUCCCCUUCGAAUCGAUUGAGUAAUUGUGUCAUUGAUUCAAUAUCGGAGCUGGUCUCUUCUAAGGAUAUUGAAAAAGAUAAUAACCCAUCGGUAACACCUAUAGUUCAGAGCAAAGUACGCAGGACGGAUCAACCACUGGAAGAUUCGGACGAGGAUCCUCAAUUGGAGCGCUCGAAAAACAUUUGCGAAAAGAGAGAAUUGGAAUUUCAAAUACCUAUCUUAACUGCACCCGACCAAAGUUGCUCCGAAAGAUGCGAGACAAUUUUAGAGGGUGAACGAAUAUCCUGUUUUGUUGUAGGAGGCGAAAGAAGGUUAUGUUUACCACAAAUUUUGAAUACAGUCUUACAAGAAUUUUCCCUUCAGCAGAUUAAUCAAGUUUGUGACGAGUUACAAAUUUAUUGCUCACGAUGCACACGAGAUCAGCUGGAAGAACUUAAACAUUCUGGAAUUCUGCCACGUAACGCUCCUUCCUGUGGCCUUAUCACUCAAACGGAUGCUGAGAGACUUGUCAGUGCUUUGCUAUUACGAACGGAAUCGUGCGAACCUCCUCGUAUCUGUCAAAAUCAAGAUAGCGUUGAAAAGAAAAUUUCGCCUAAAAUUGAUAACGACGAAGAAUCGUUCGUCAAAUUUAAAGUGUAUCACGAGUGUUUUGGGAAAUGUAAAGGCAUUUUUGACACGAGUUUGUUCGAGUCCGAUGAUUCAGUGUGUAUAGAGUGUAUCGAAUGUGGCUGCCAAUUCUCACCUCAACGAUUCGUUAGACACGCUCAUAGAUCUCUGGAAAAUCGUACCUGUCAUUGGGGCUUUGAUUCUGCAAACUGGCGAUCGUAUCUGUUACUUUCACGGGAACAAGAACAUUAUAAUAAAUCGCUCGCUGUAUUUAGAGAGUUAAAAGAGAAACAUCAUACACUCAACUCCAAACGAAAAUCAGAGUUGCGGCUAGACUCUGAGAAACUGGCUAAACGUAUUAGAAAAGAUGUAGGAAGAGAUGAGUGCCCAGGAAUGUAUAAUGGAAAUGGUUUAGGCAUGUAUCAUCCUGUAUCUCAGGUAACCAAUGCAACCGAUCCAUAUCUACAAAUGCAAUGGGCAGUUUUUGAAUUAGCAGCUAGAGGAGCAUCAGCUUUUAGACCUUGGAAUACCACGAGUACUUGCAAACAUAAAGAUAAUUCGUCAUUGGUACCUGCAUACCUUAGCCGAGGUCCACCUGUACUGCAACAUCCAGAAUGUGUGGUUCCCCUUUCUGAGUGCAAACAUUUUGAACCACAUUUUCAACCAAAUGUAGCCUUAGCACCUAUACCUGCACCAUCAGUGCCUGUAGUACUUCCACCAUCUGCUCAUCAUCAGCGGCGACAUCAUCACGAACAUAAACGUUAUAAUCAUCAUUUAUCGAGUCCUCAUGAAAAAAAAGAAGCUCCAUUAGAUAAUGUUAAACUCGAGAAAACAUCUCCUAAUUCUGGAUCUAGUAUUGGCACUUAUUCUUCGUUCUCAUCGUACGCACCUGGAAGCAAUAAGAAAGAAUUGCAGCAGAGGAGUAAAAAUGAAGUAGGCGAAGAAGAAGAAAGUAGUGCUGCGGUAACAUCUUCCACCGUAAGCAUAGAUCCACCUUCGACAGAGACUGGAACUUUGCUUGAAAGUGACUCCGAUUCAGAAGGAACCACAGCGAUAGAUUUAGAAGAAAGACUAUUGGCAUUGGAAGUACCACAAGAUGUCUUAGAGCUUGUACGGCGUAUAGUUUCGGAAAAUACACAAUUACGACGUCAUCGACGUUCAGACGCACGUGAAAUAUCACGAUUGCGUAAUCAAUUGCAAAUGCAGCAACCACAAUCAUCUAAUGGUGGUGAUAAGAAAGAGGAACCAGCAAAUGCGAGUGCAGCAGAUAGUACGGAAGGUAGCGAAGAGGUCGAAGCUACGUUACCUUCGAAUAAUAAAGAGUCUGAAUCUGUUGUUCUGGCAGUUAGUAAAGAAUAAAAUCAGUGAUUAGAGUUUUUUAAAUUAUUUAAUAUAAAACUGCUCAGCAAUUUUUUGCAAUGCUUAUCUUUUGGCCAGAUAGGCGUGCAUUAAAUUUAGUAUUAGCUAUAAUAAUAAUGGUAAAAUUCUAAAGGAGUAAAAAACUGUUUAGGUUAUGUGAUACAUAGGAAGCCUUUAACGUUAUAACAGUUAAUUUAACAUUUUUAUUGUAAUCAAACUUCAUUGUGUCGAUUUUAAUUGAAAUCGAAUGUAAAUAUUGUAAUAUACGAAAAAGCAAAAUAAGUUAACCAGAAUUUAUCAUGCCAUUUAGUAGUUAUAUUUAACGAUCAUUAAAUAAGUUUCUUACGCAUAUUAAAUAUGCAUACACCACAAAGAUUUUUAUGGUCAGUUGUUUAAUUGAAAAAUUGAACAGUGAUCAGAAAAUAAGAGAUUAGAUUGCUUUCCAUUUACUUUUUAUAGUCAUGAAUGCAUAAUGUAAAUACAUUCAAGUAUCAUAGAUGUAUGUUUAUAUUAAUAACAUUAUCAUGCAAAAUAUUGCUAAAGUACAAACAACCUUUAGGUGCUAUAUUGUUACAUUAGGAAUGUUCUAAGCAUAAAUCUAGGUGUAUUUCAACAGUUCGUACUAUACCAUAAUAUUAAACACCUUGAUUAUUUUUUAUUUUUAUUAUCUUUAUAGCGUCAAAUGUGAAUGACAUUUUUUUUCUUGCUAAUAAACUCAUUUCGAGUGAUUAUACGCAGGUAAUAUAAGUUAAUUAUUUAAACGUCAGAAAAUCGUAACAUUAUUAUUGUACAAGUGAUAUUACAGGGAAACGAUAAAAAUUUAAUUUAUAUACGAAAUUACUAAUUUUUUAUAUGUUGAAUAAUUCCUACAUUAUUUUAUGGCAGCAGAUCUGGGAAAAAUACAUUCUUUAACGACGAAUACAAAUUUUAAAUUCGGAUUCGAUUUGGAUUUCGGUUUAAAAAUAUCCAUUAACGGAUUAUUAUUUACGAACGAAACGUGAACGUAACUUGUUUACGAAUAAAUCUUAUAUCUUUGUUUAUUAAUCGGAAGUAAUAUUUGCCCAAAUCUGUAUAGCAGUUAACUAAUUCCAAUUUCUAAAAGGUAGAUUUGUUUGUAUUGUGGACAGUUGAAUUAAGAAUAGAAUGAAUGUUAUUUUAUUAAAAACACACGGGUUCGUGAUAUGUGUACUUUUAUUUUGUAUUUCUCUCGCAAUAUUGUAUAUUAUCUCAAGGUAUCUUAUUAAUAAUUUGUCAUUUUUAGCAAAAAAUACUGCAGUAUGUAAACUUGCUAUAGGAAAUUGUUACAUAGAAUUAUUAUACUUUUGGUAUUAAUAUUUAUUUGAGACAUUGUAUUUACAUAUCAUUUUAAUUAUAUUAAAAAUUUGGAAGAUA